AUCGAUAGUUACAUAGAGAUGUGCGAUAGUAGCAUAAUAGCCAUGCGGUAAGGAACCCGCGCAAAAAUAGGAUUCCGGCACCGGCGUCGCUUGAAAAUCUGGUUAAUAUUGUGUAGAAAACCAGAGCUGCAAGGAAGUAGCGUCCUGAAAACGUUCCUGGGCCUAGGUUCAGAAGGAUAAAGCAAAAAUGAUCGCACCGGUAAUUAUGCAAGCCGUCACUGGCUUGCCUCUUUUGGCCAUCCUUUUUGUAACCGCUCUGGCUAUCUUCAAGGGCUACAUGAACAUUCGAUCCCGCUACGACGCCCAUGUAAAUUGUUGGUUCUGCAAUGGGAACACUCGGGUGCCCUACCCAGAGCGGAAUAGCUGGAACUGCCCGCACUGCGACCAGUAUAACGGCUUUACCAAGGAUGGCGACUACAACCGCGACAUGACCUCGCAGCGGGACUGCAGCCAUAAUUCCGACAAGAGCCACUCGCAGGGUAGCUCCAGCAUAUGCGCCAACUCCUACUACGCCGACGUCCUGGCCACAAAUCCUGCACCCGCCCAGACCAACGGCCUGUGUGACCUUUGCAACGAGGCGCAGCGGCUCAAGGUGGAGAAGCUCUCCCAGUUCGAGCCAAAGAACGAGUCUCGAUUCGAACAGGAGCUCAAGGUGUACAGGGAGCAACUGGAGCAACAGUUCCGACUCUGCAGCAGCUGCGAGCGACACGUGAAUAAAGUCUUGCACGAGAAAAAAAAGAUGGUCCUAGGCUCCAAGUUCCUCAACUUUAUCAUCAAGGGAGCUGCGCUCCUGAAGCAGCCGCACUUCAACCGGCUCGCAAACGCCAAGCGGCAACAGAAACUGCGCUUCUAUCGCAUGGCGAUGACCCUGCUCACUUUGGGCAACAUAGUAUGCCUGCUCUGCCAUCUGCCGCAAGCCACCGGCGCCCAGUUCAAGUGGCUGCUGGGCGACUUCUUUGGAACGAUUAUGUUCAAAGUCUAUUCCCAUGGACUGGCACUCGUCCGAGUAUUGAUGGGCAGUGUGGGAAGUCUCCUGGAGAAGAAGGAGACCUCGGAGAAGCUGCUGCUCUACGCUAGAACCUUCGGCAAACUAUUGCUCUACUCGGUCGGCCUCAACCAGCAACAAAUCCAACAGGCCACAUUCGCCACAUGUUUCUCCAACCUAUACCCGUACGCCAUGCUCGCUCUGAGCUUCCUACACAAACUGAACGAUGGCCUCAAGUUUACACGGUUCACGGUUGUCCUGCUCAUGUGGAGUGCGUACGCGAAGAGCCAGGAUCUCGUGCCGCAUAUUGACGACGUGGUCUUCCUGCUUCUAGGCAGUGCGGUCACGCUGGUCCUGCUAUCCACGGGUCGCUCUAGUCGGCUCAAACACCCAUCGCCGGACGAGACCGCCGGAGAGAGCUUCCAUCGCCUGUGCGCCGAUGAGUGCAUCAGCGACGAGGAAACCCUCAGCCUCCUCAGCCAGCAGCUAAGUGGAUGCAGCAGCACUGUCGGAAACAAUAACAACAGCGCCAGUAACAUGUCCUUGCCAUCUGCGUCCGUUUGCAUGUCUCCGGCCCCGACGAUCUCGCCUAGGAGCGUCCAUAUGGCGCCGGCUUCAGUGCUCUCAUUGGGCGCACUUCGUCUGUCCAAACACCAGCAGCAGCAAGAACAGCAUCAUCAGCAGAACCUGGGAUGGCGCUCCAACUACGGAGGAAGUGGUGUUCCCUCGAUGAUAUUCCAACAGCAGCUGCAGAAGCCCCCCGCUGCAAGGCAGAUGGAGUCGCCUUGGUAUCGUCACUCGACCACCAAUCUCAGCCAGGGCCAGGCCUUUGCCAGAUCCACUCAGAAUCUAAUCAACCCCUCACGGCUGCCGAUGUCGAACCGGAAUCUUGGUGGGGGCGAUGUGAGUGCCUGGGUGGCGGCCAGCCAGACUAUUAACCAGGACCUAGGCACCGCCAGCCUGAUGCGGCAUUACGAAGAAAAGCAGCAGCAGCAGAUCUCGCGCACGUCCUCACAGUCAUCCGGCUUUGAGUCGCAGCCCGCGCGCAUGGAACCGCAGUGGGGAACCGCGGGGACUGCUCCGCCCAUGAGCGACUACGGAUGGCCCGAGCUCCGGGAGAGCCAGCGGAACCUAGUCGUGCCGCCUCUUGGCUCGCCGGCACCAACCCUAGCCUCUGAGUACCAGUUCUUCGGAAGAAGUAACGUGCAGCAGAUGCCGCUGCCUCAGCAGGCGCCUCCGUCACAGCAGAAGCCCCUGCAGCAGCAAUCGAUUCAGCCAGGCGAUCUACUCCGGAAGUGGAUUGAGAGCAGUCGGAAGAUGUGAGGCGUCGUGACCAGGAGGCAGAUAUGUCUGCCGAGAAGGCCCACUGAAGAAACUCGUGGUCAAUUAUUGACUUUUGAUAUAUUGGCCCUCGAGAAUUAAUUUAUUUCAAUUAGUAGGUUUAAUUUUUAUUUCGCCCAAAACAAUUGUGCAUACAGGAUCGGAGGCAUAACGCUUGUGUUCAAGGAAUGGUUCCCCACUGCCAAACUCAGGGUUUAACUAGACACUUGAAUUCCCAUUGACUAUGUUACUAUUUUAUAAUUAUAUUACGUCUCUGACACUAAGAUUUAGAAGUGUUAGGGUUCUAGGUACUCCAAAUCUAAGGAGAGGCUCUCGUGUUCAUUUUUUAAUUGAAAAAGACAAACCAACACAACAGUUUAACAAACGAACUUUUAUCAUACUAUACUUUUACUAUAAUCUAUAUAAUUUUUGGCUUGUGAUUAUUAACCCAAUUUUUUUUUAUUGGUAAUUUGAAUUUUAUGAAUUAAAUAAAUAUAUUCUUGUGUUAUGUAUUACUUUAA